GGACAAUUGAUUAUAGAAUAUUCAACGACUUGAACAACGAAAGCCUCAUUUGUGACAACGAAGUUUGCUUCCAACACGAAGUGGAAGUGAAACCAGAGAAGACCCUCUGGACUUUUAAACAGAACCAUGAUUUUCUUAGGCAUCUUGCUUAUCGCACUAGCGGGAAGCCAACUAGCAGAUGGCCAAUUACUAUAUUGUGCAUUCAACCCGUGUAUUAAUGGAGGAACGUGUAAGGAAGUAGUUAAUGGAUUCGAAUGUCAAUGCGCGCCGGGAUGGACUGGAAAUAACUGUGAAUCAAGUAUUGAUGACUGUAGACCGGAAUCAUGUAUCAACGGUGCAACAUGUAUCGAUAGACACCUAGGCUUCAGAUGUAACUGUAUUCUGGGAUGGACAGGGAAACACUGUGAAAUAAACAUCAACGACUGUAUUCCCGACCCUUGUCUCAAUGGCGGCACCUGCUGCUGUGAUCGACUCAAUUCAUUCACAUGCAACUGCUUACCAGGCUUUACCGGCAAGAUUUGUGAAAUUAACAUCAACGAAUGCGCGUCAAACCCGUGUCAAAAUGGAGGCACGUGUAACGAUAAAGUCAAUGGAUACACAUGUUCUUGUCCAGAACACUUUACUGGAUCACACUGUGAAAUAGAAAUAGAUUUCGAUGAAUGUGGUUCCAAUCCGUGUCAAAACGGUGCCACGUGCACAGACCAAAUCAACGGUUACCUCUGCUCAUGUCCCACUGGUUUCCAGGGCUCAGAAUGCCAAAUAAACAUUGACGAUUGUGCUGCUUCACCGUGUAUGCAUGGCGGAGUGUGUACUGAUUUGGUCAAUAAUUUCAAUUGCAAAUGUCCAAAUGGAUGGAUGGGAAAAAAGUGUGAAAUUAGUAAGUGA